AUGGAUAUGCCCUGUGAUGAAUUUUGCCAAGUGGUUUUUAAUGCUAUCGACGCUAGCGCUGAGCAUUUUGACAGAACAAUGGGAAGAGCCGAAGAACACGGAAUCGUUGAUCUGUUUCAAGAGCUUGUAAGACACUACAAUUUGAUUGUCGCUCUUGUCCUGCGUCUUGGUCGGAUUUGCAUUCAUGCCACCAACAUUCUUGGCAAUAAUGUCAUCCAGUUUGCCAAUGCUGCAUAA